CUCUUCAUUUCUCUCUCAUCUCUCUCUUCAUAUUCUUAUUUCUCACUCCAUUUAAGCCUUUCUGUGUCCAUCUCUUUCCUUCAUCUCUCUCUUGGGUAUGAGAUGAAAAAGGGGGAGCCAUUUCCACGAGGGAUACUUCUUAGCCCUACGCCCCAAACCUAACCCUAACCCUAACGCUAACCUCUGUAACAAGUAACAGUGAAGCCCCCUCUCUGAUCGUCGCUUUUUUCUCCAUCGAUUGGACUUUGGAAUUUCUUUACUUGCAGGUCCAGCCACCGUCUCUCAGUGGGGUUUUGAACAGUUUAUUGCACUAUAUGCUUCCUAGAAAGAGAGGCGUUGGCGAGGUAGAGAGAGAAAGCCCCUCGAAGAAGACCUGCGUCGACUCUGCGAUCACCUCAGAGAACAAUCACCAGAACCCUAAUCCACCUGCCAUGGCUUUGGACGAUGGGAACCCCCCUGAUAUCGAUGAGGAUCUCCACAGUCGACAGUUGGCUGUCUAUGGUCGUGAGACCAUGCGUCGGCUCUUUGGUGCCAAUGUCCUUGUAUCUGGUAUGCAAGGGCUUGGAGCUGAAGUGGCAAAGAACUUGAUUCUUGCUGGUGUCAAGUCUGUCGCCUUGCAUGAUGAAGGGACAGUGGAAUUGUGGGAUUUAUCAAGCAACUUCAUUUUCUCUGAAAAUGAUGUUGGGAAGAACCGGGCGCUUGCUUGUGUCCAGAAGCUGCAAGAGCUGAACAAUGCUGUCAUCGUUUCGACAUGGACUAAGAAAAUAUCCAAGGAACAGCUGUCCAAUUUCCAGGCAGUUGUUUUUACGGAUAUAAGCCUUGAAAGGGCCGUAGAAUUCAACGAUUACUGUCAUCAACACCAACCAUCAAUUCCCUUCAUUAAAGCUGAGGUCCGAGGCUUGUUUGGGAGUGUAUUUUGUGACUUCGGUCCAGCAUUCACUGUAUUGGAUGUGGAUGGAGAGGAUCCUCACACUGGUAUAAUUGCAUCUAUAAGCAAUGACAACCCUGCUCUUGUGUCAUGCGUUGAUGAUGAACGGCUCGAGUUUCAGGAUGGUGAUCUGGUUGUAUUUUCUGAAGUAAAAGGUAUGACAGAGCUAAAUGAUGGGAAGCCCCGGAGGGUUAAGAAUGCAAGGCCAUACUCAUUUUUUCUUGAAGAAGACACUACCAACUAUGGGGCUUAUGAGAGAGGCGGGAUAGUGACACAGGUGAAGCAACCCAAAGUUUUAAACUUCAAACCGUUGAGUGAAGCCCUCAAAGAUCCUGGUGACUUCCUACUAAGUGACUUCGCAAAAUUUGACAGGCCGCCUCUGCUUCACUUGGCAUUUCAAGCUCUUGAUGAUUUCAUCUCCAAGUCAGGGCGCUUCCCUGUUGCUGGAUCGGAGGUGGAUGUUCGGAAGCUACUGGAUUUGGCAGUGGAUAUCAAUGAGAACUCUGGUGAUGGGAAACUGGAGAAGAUUGAUGAGAAUGUUUUAAGGCAUUUCGUGAAUGGUUCUAGGGCAGUUCUGAACCCCAUGGCGGCUAUGUUUGGUGGUAUUGUUGGACAGGAAGUUGUGAAGGCUUGCUCUGGGAAGUUUCAUCCCCUCUUUCAGUUCUUUUACUUCGACUCCCUGGAGUCUCUUCCGACAGAACCCUUGAAGCCUGUCGAUAUAAGGCCAUUAAACAGCCGUUAUGAUGCCCAAAUAUCAGUUUUUGGUGUGAAGCUUCAGAAAAAACUAGAAGAAGCGAAAAUUUUUGUGGUGGGAGGUGGAGCACUUGGGUGCGAAUUUCUGAAGAACUUAGCCCUGAUGGGUGUGUGCUGUGGUAACCAAGGGAAGCUAACAAUAACCGAUGAUGAUGUUAUAGAGAAGAGUAAUCUGAGCAGGCAGUUCCUUUUUCGAGAUUGGAAUAUAGGGCAGGCAAAAUCCACGGUUGCAGCUUCUGCUGCUGUCAUGAUAAACCCUCAUUUCAAAAUUGAAGCCCUUCAAAAUCGAGCGAGUCCUGAGACAGAAAAUGUGUUUGAUGAUGCAUUUUGGGAGAGCCUUAAUGUGGUCAUAAAUGCUUUGGAUAAUGUAAAUGCAAGGAUUUACAUUGAUGCUAGAUGUGUGUAUUUUCAGAAGCCUCUCUUGGAGUCGGGAACUUUGGGGACAAAGUGCAAUACACAGAUGGUUAUCCCUCAUCUUACUGAGAACUAUGGAGCUUCAAGGGAUCCUCCAGAAAAGCAGGCACCUAUGUGUACGGUCCACUCUUUCCCUCACAACAUCGACCAUUGCUUGACUUGGGCUAGGUCUGAGUUUGAAGGCUUGCUUGAGAAAACCCCAGCUGAAGUGAAUGCAUUUCUCUCUAAACCGGAGGAGUACAAGGCUGCUAUGAGGUCAGCUGGUGAUGCCCAGGCCAGGGAGUUGUUGGAGCGUGUUAUCGAGUGCCUCAGGGACGAGAGAUGCCAGAAUUUCCAGGAUUGCAUUGCGUGGGCUAGACUGAAGUUUGAGGACUACUUUGCAAACCGAGUGAAGCAGCUGACUUUCACUUUCCCUGAGGAUGCUGCAACCAGCACUGGAGCUCCCUUCUGGUCAGCUCCAAAACGUUUCCCAAGACCACUGCAAUUCUCUCCGAAUGACCCAGGUCACCUCCACUUUGUUACGGCUGCUGCAAUAUUAAGAGCUGAGACUUAUGGGAUCCCAAUAACUGACUGGGUCAAAAACCCCAAAAAGCUUGCUGAGGAGGUAUCAAAGGUUGGAGUUCCUGAAUUCCAACCGAAGAAAGGGGUGAAGAUUGUGACCGACGAGAAAGCUACCAGUCUCACUCAAUCCUCUGUGGAUGAUGCGGCCAUCAUCGACGAUCUCAUUCUUAAUCUAGAAGGGGCUGCUGCCAAGCUCCCAACUGGAUUCAGAAUGAAGCCCAUUCAGUUUGAAAAGGAUGAUGAUACCAACUACCACAUGGACUUCAUUGCUGGUCUGGCAAACAUGCGCGCAAGGAAUUACAGCAUACCAGAAGUAGAAAAGCUCAAGGCCAAGCUCAUCGCCGGAAGGAUCAUCCCUGCUAUAGCAACCUCCACGGCCAUGGCCACUGGCCUUGUUUGCCUUGAGCUCUACAAGGUAGCAUAUGGUGGUCACAAGCUUGAGGACUAUCGCAACACCUUUGCUAACCUGGCUCUCCCCCUUUUCUCAAUGGCUGAACCAGUCCCUCCAAAGGUGAUCAAACACAGGGACUUGAGCUGGACAGUUUGGGACCGAUGGAUCAUUGAGGAGAACCUGACCUUGAGGGAAUUGCUCAAGUGGUUCGAAGCUAAGGGGCUUAAUGCUUACAGUAUUUCGUGCGGGCAAAGCCUUCUUUACAACAGCAUAUUCCCGAAACACAAGGAAAGGCUCGACAGAAAGGUGGUGGAUGUUGCGAGAGAUGUGGCCAAGCUUGAGGUGCCGGCAAAAAGGCGCCACUUUGACAUUGUGGUGGCUUGUGAAGAUGAGGACGAAAAUGAUAUUGACGUUCCACUGGUUUCAAUUUACUUCCGGUGACUGCUGGAUAGAUGAGAGCAAGGCAGGAAUCGGCUGUCAUUUCAUUUGAAUUUUCUUUUGUCUCUACGUGUAUGAAUGUUGCACGCGUCAAUGUAGUGGUUACAUAUAUGACUUGAUGAUUCUUACAUAAAAGUUGCGCCCACUUAUUUAAGAUAAGAUUAUCUCUC